UUCUUUUUCAUUUGUGACUUUCAGAAAUCCUGCCAGAAACCUGUGGACAAAUAUAUUGAGUAUGAUCCUGUUAUCAUCUUGAUUAAUGCUAUUUUAUGUAAAGCACAAGCAUACAGGCACAUUCUUUUCAAUACAAAGAUAAAUAUUCAUGGGAAGCUCUGCAUAUUUUGUUUGCUCUGCGAAGCUUAUCUCAGGUGGUUGCAACUACAGGAUUCAAGCCAAAAUAUAGAUCCUGAUGACUUAAUCAGAUAUGCCAAGGAAUGGGAUUUUUAUAGAAUGUUUGGUAUAGCUUCUUUAGAACAAACUUCAUUUUUGAUUGGCAUUUUUAUUACCUUAUGGUGGAUGAGACUCGACAUGCUGAAAACAAAGUCUGACUUCAUUUUACUUCUCAAAGCACUGCUGUUGUCCAGCUAUGGAAAGCUUUUGCUAAUUCCAGCUGUUAUUUGGGAACAUGACUACACGCCUUUGUGCCUUGCAUUUAUAAAAGUGUUUGUCUUGAUAUCAAACUCUCAGGCAAUUAGAGUUACACUGAAUUUGAAUCGAAUGCUCCCUUGGUUGGCCAUUUUCCUUGGAUUAAUUUUUGAAAAUGGUGUGGUCUGCUUGUUCAAGAAAAUGGGAUGGGAUGUUUGAAAUGUCAGCCCAGAUCUGAAGAAAUAACAACAAUAUGAUAAUUUUCUAAGAAUGAUCUCUGCCAGCAAUGUCCAAAGACACUAUUUUUGUAGUGAUAAAGCAGGUAAUAGAUAACAAAAACUUGCAUUAGUGGUGAGUGUAGAGAGUUUUAGGAUGAGUCAAAAUGAGAAGUUUGGCUAUUUAAUGUGGUGAACCAUAAAACUUCAACCUUAACAUGUUUAUUUUCCCAUUAAAAAAUACGAAUGUGUCACUAUCCUAAGAGCUUUAUAAAUCUGGCUGCACAGCUAUGGCUGUAACAAAAAAGGUAUAUUUAAAAAAUUCAGCACUGCUACCAAUCAUUGCAUUUUGGCAGAAAGAGGAGGAUGAAUUGUUCCCUUAAGAGGAAGGAAGACAGUCAGUGGAAAAAUAUAAAAGCCAAAAUUGUUAUUUCUGCAAAAACAGAUUUUCAAAGAGAGCAGUGAAUAUGUGCAAACAGUUUAUUAGAAAAAAAGGCAAGUAUUGCAGAGUAAAACUCUGGAGCCAUCUCUAGGAACUGUAGUUUUAACUGACUUGAAAUUUUGUGUGAUCUUAUAAAUGCUGCUGCUUUGUUCUGAAAGCUGAGAGUGAAAGGACUCUGAUCCCCCGCAUCCAUGGUUGUUUGGGAUACUGCUGCUUCUGCAUUUAAUAUUAAGCCACAUCUCCCACACCGAGCCCUCAUCUGGCAGCAGGUUGAGUGGAAGCAAAAAAUGAAAUAUGAGGCUGCUCAGCAGUAGAGUAGUACUUGUUAAAAAAAUCAAUAAAACAAAAAA